UUUAGUGUAGGAUCUCCCUUGGCGUCAACAGGUGUGGGAAGUUUCCGCCUUCCCCUCCUCCUCCUCCUCCUCCUCCUGCCCGUAAUUAGCGGCUCCUGAUGUCGGGAUGUCUCUGGCCAGGGUGGGUCACGCUGCCACGCAUCGCCACUCGAGCGAGACAACACAGGCUAUCUUGGGAGAGCAUACUCUGGCUGGAGAAAGAAUGCUCAGGAUGCCCAGCUGCCUCCAAAAGCUGACCAGGGUGGUGCUCAGCCACAAGCCCUGGGCCCUGUUUAUCCUCAUUGCUGGCUUUGUAUCCUUUGCCUACACCAAGUUGUACUGGGGCGUCUGGGAGGACCCAAAGAGCAGAGCCCCCACCUACGGCUUGUCUGCUGAGAUCAGCUGUGCUCACUAUGUGCCUUCUGCCCUCGACAUUGCUGCUGGGUCCUCUCCUCCCACAGGAAACGUGUUUUUUGUGGAGACCUCAGAGCAAACUUCCCCAAGUUACCUGUUCUCGUGCUCUGUGGAGUCAGCGGCCAGGACACACCCCACGUCAAGAGUUGUGGUGCUCAUGAAAGGCUUGGCCAAAGGGAAAGCCUCCUUACCCGAGCACUGGGCUUUCUCCUUGCUGAGUUGCUUCCCCAACGUGGAAAUCCGGCCCCUGGACUUGACAGAGCUCUUUUCUGGAACGCCUCUGCAAAGGUGGUACUUAUGGCCACUGCGGCACUGGGAGCCUUAUUUUUUACCUGUUCUCUCUGAUGCCUGCAGAAUCGUCCUCAUGUGGAAAUUUGGUGGCAUCUACCUGGAUACAGACUUCAUUGUGCUGAAGAACUUGGAGAACCUCACCAAUGCCCUUGGGAUUCAGGAUAACCGUGAACUGAAUGGGGCCUUUCUGUCCUUUAAGGCCAAGCACAAAUUCAUGGAGCUUUGUAUGCAGGACUUUGUGCAGAAUUACAAUGGCUGGGUCUGGGGGCACCAGGGCCCAGGGCUCCUAACUCGCGUCUUCAAGAAGUGGUGCUCCCUCAGGACUCUCAAGAGUAUGAACUGCAAAGGUGUGAGUGCUCUUGCCCAAGAAGUUGUUUAUCCUAUUCCCUGGCAGGACUGGAAGAAGUUGUUUGAGGCAGUCAGUGCCUUGGAGCUUGAGAAACUCCUUAAGAACACCUAUGCAGUGCACAUUUGGAACAAACUGAGCCACGGGACCAAGUUAGAGAUCCCCUCCCAGGCUCUGCUGGCUCAGCUCUAUGCCCAGUUCUGCCCUGCCACCUAUGCAAAGAUGAAGCAGGACUCUGAAGAGGUGUCCAGGCGUGCAGUGUGACCUGGAGCCCUUGGCUGCAGGGAUGUUCCCCAGGCGGAAGGAAACCGAGUGCCUUUGACCUACCCCAGAGUUGGUUUUUAGUCCCCAGAGCCAGUGUUCUGUGUGACAGCUCUGUGGUUUUGAAACUGAUAUUCCUGAUAUCUGACUCAGGUCCUUUGUGUUUCAAAUUUACAGCAGAACCUGACUUCAGCCUCUCUUGCUGUCCUUCACAGGACCUGCUGCUCAGCAUCCCUCGGCUGGUGCUCUCUUGCUGUUCUCCAGUGGUUCGUCCUGUGAAUCCCAACCUGAGCAGCCCCUUGUGAUGAUUCCACAGCUGUAGGAACCCUUGGCUUGCUCUCUGUGGCAUUUCUGAGUUUGUGGAGCGAUACCAGGCAAUGCCAAAGGGCACAGAACAGAUUGCUGGGGCUCAGAGCAGAAUUCCAUGGCUGGCAAAGAUUCUUAACACGUGGGGAAAUACAUGAAGCAUAUAUGAAAUUUGCUUUAAGAAGCAGCAAACAGUUGAGAUCCCUGCGCAGCUCAGUGUGAAGUUGUUCUAAACUUCAUAAGUGAGAAAAGUUCAAAUGCUGCUUCCUACUGCUUCUGAUUCCCCAGCAGUGGGAUGACUUGUCUGGGACUCCUCCGGAAAACAAAUAGACAAAAGCAGUUCCUUGAGGAGCAGAAAUUAUUAAGGUCCUUGCUCUGCUGAAGUAUUUCUUGUGGAUACCAACAUCUAAGCAGCCAUUGUCCCACUCUGAAGGGGCUCAGCAUUGCCUGUUUCUGCAGUGCUGUGAGGAGGAUUACAUCCCUUUCAUUGGGACAUUGGGCCCAUGGUGGAAGUCCAGAGGACAACAUGUCCACAUCAACAGGAGGACCAGGUGCAGGACUCCAAGCAGUGUCCCCAGGGACAAAACUAAAAACUCACAAGCAUAUGAAGGUUGGAAAAGACCUCCAAGAUCAGAGAGUCCAAGCUUCAAUUCUGUAUGACCAUACCCACUGGCCUUUAUCCCAAAGUGCCACGUGUACUCAUUGUUUGGAGCACUUCCAGGAAUGCUGACUCCAUCGCUUCAGUUGGGAGCCUGUGGCACACAGUGCUAAGCACGCUGAAACUUUUCCUCAUAUCUGAGCUGAACCUACCAUGGUGCUGGGAGUGCUGCAUCCAGCCCUGGGAUCCCAGCACAGCAAGGACAGGGAGCUGCUGGAGCCAGGCCAGAGCAGGGACACCAAGGGGAUCAGAGGGAUGGAGCAGCUCUGCUGGGAGGAAAGGCUGAGGGAACUGGGAGUGUUCUGCCUGGAGAGGAGAAGGCUUUGGGGUGAUAUAAUCAUGGCCCUCCAGUGCCUUAAGGGAGCUUAAAGGAAAGGUGCAGAGAGACUCUUUGCAAGGGCCUGCAGUGACAGGACAAGAGGGAAUGGCUUCCCACUGACAGAGAGCAGGUUUGGAUUGGAUAUGAAGAAGCAAUUCUUCCCUGUGAAGGUGGUGAGGCCCUGGCACAGGUUGCCCAGAGAAGCUUCCUAUCCCUGGAAGUGUCCAAGGCCAGGGUGGAUGGGUCUCGGAGCUGCCUGGGAUAGUGGAAGGUGUCCCUGUCUAUGGCAGGAGGGGUGGCACAAGAUGAUCUUUAGCGUCCCUUCCAACCCAGACCAUUCCAUUGAUUUCCCCUCAUCCUGUCCUUGGUUCCCUGGGAGCAGAGCCUGACCCCCACCUGGCUGCACCGUCCUGUCAGGGAGGUGUGGAGAGCAAUAAGGUCCCCCCUGAGCCUCCUUUUCCUCCAGGUUCAACAGCCCCAGCUCCUUCAGCGCUCCUCAUCAGCCUUG